GACGCUGGAAAGGAGGGCCUGCUGCGGGGCUUCUGGGAGAGAAAAAUGGCCGCACCCAGGCUGCUGCCCGGCAUGGGCAAGCUCUUUGAGAUGCCGGCAAUGCUGGGGCGGGUGAGCCGACCCCAUAGCACGUCCCACGCCUUCGCGGAGGUUCUACGGCUGCCAAAGAGGCAACUGACGAAGCUCGUGUUCCCAUUACAGGAAUUCGAGCGGCAUCUUCUCCAGGACUCGGGGUCCGACCUUCACUUGAAGACCUUCCACCCGAGCCUGGAGGACAUUGCGAGGGCAGAGGGCUUCUUCACCGCCACCGCCCGGAACCGCAUCGAAUACCUGAGUUCGGCGGAGCGUCUUGACCACGCCCCGGACCUCCCACGUCCGGAGGUGUGUUUUAUAGGCAGAAGUAAUGUUGGAAAAUCCUCUUUAAUAAAGGCUUUAUUUUCAUUGGCUCCAGAGGUUGAAGUCAGAGUCUCCAAAAAACCGGGGCAUACAAAGAAGAUGAAUUUUUUUAAAGUUGGAAAGUAUUUUACAUUGGUAGACAUGCCAGGUUAUGGCUAUAGAGCACCUGAAGAUUUUGUUGACAUGGUUGAGACCUAUCUAAAAGAACGAAAGAAUUUGAUGAGAACAUUUUUGUUAGUGGAUAGUGUUGUUGGAAUUCAAAAAGCAGACAAUAUUGCCAUAGAAAUGUGUGAAGAAUUUGCAUUACCUUAUGUGAUGGUAUUAACAAAAAUUGACAAAUCUUCCAAGGGACAUCUUUUAAAACAGGUGCUUCAGAUCCAGAAAUUUAUUGACACUAAUACGCAAGGAUGUUUUCCUCAGUUGUUUCCUGUAAGAUUUUGCUGGAUCUUCCCUGUAGGUAUCUUCAUUCUCCUUCUACCAAAGCUUAGCUCAACACUAGACCACAGCAGAAGUGAAAACUUUUUACUUUUUAGAAUUAGCUAUACAAUAGCCACAGUAAAAAUACUAUCAUCCCUUUCUCAGUUCCAAAGAAAAACAACUUAUCUUUAUGGUAGAAAGCUCAUUCAGGCUAUGAUGGAUAAAAAUAUUCCUUUCGAAGGACCAUGUAUAAAAAAAAAAAAAAAAUGUGUCAUAUAAGUUAGAAUUAAGCACUGGUAGGAGACAGAAUGAUUAUUUCCUGAGCUGGCAAUUUUUGAGAUAUUGGGUGUAGUUUAGUGAUGAAACAUGAGUUUGUAUUUUCAGUGUAUGUCUUGGGCACACAGUAAGUGACCUGUACUAUUGCAGAGUUACAGUGCCACUCCCCUGUGAUUUGUCCCACUCUAACUUCUUUGUGAGAGGCACUAUGGUAGUUGCUACGAGAAAACAAUGAAACCAAGUAACAGUUGUAUAGUAAAUUAUUCUCUAAGCCAGGGGUCCCCAACCCCCAAACCACAACCAGUCUGUGGCCUGUUAGGAACCAACUGGGCCACACAGCGGGAGGUGAGUAGCACCAGCGAACGAAGCAUCAUCUGUAUUUGAAGCUUUUCCCUAGUGCUAGCAUCACCGCCUCAGCUCUACCUCAGAUCAUCAGGCAUUCGAUUCUCAUAGGAACAUUGGUCCCUGGUGCCAUAAAGGUUGGGGACUGCUGCUCUAAGCAGUCAGUCAUUCUAGGUCCUACCAAUUCAGAUCACAUUUAAAUUAUUUGUAUUUACAAAAUGGCUAUCAAAAUCCCUCUUUAUUCAUUCCUACAAAAUGUUCUUCUUUCACUUACAUUCAUAUUUAUCCUGUUCAUUUAUCGUGUUCACAUGUGUUGCAUAUAUACAAUGGAAAAUCCUAGGAACAGGAAUGAAAUCCUAAUUCUUCUUAGAGCCCUGAGCAUUGUCACAGAAAAACAGCUGUUUCUGUUAACUACUUAAUAAGGAAGUGAGACUUCAGCAAAAAAGGCAACACAAACAUAAGAUGGGCAAAUUAUGCCUUAACAGCAGCCUUUAUUGAAAAAAAAAAAUUUUUAAGUUUUAGUUGACUAUAAGCUGUUUGAUUUAAUAGUAUAAUGGGGCUAGGGAAAAACUGACAAUGUUUUCUCAAGCUACAUUAAGAGAAUUAUAGUGUUCAAAACAAGGGAAUGAUCAAGCAAUAGUCCCACACUGCUGUAAGCUGGAUGCCACCAGACCAAUCAAGUUAGAGUGUGGCUUAACAUUAAGAACAACUAGAGCUAUCUGAAAACAGAGGGUCUUGGGGGAGGUCAUGUCACUAGAUCAUGCAAAACACUUAAUUGAUCCUCACAGUAAACAUCCCUAUUUCAUAGAUACAGAUACAAGUUGAAGAAGUGAAGUGAGUUGCAGAGAGGUAUUGGCUAUGAUAGAAAGAGCAUGGGCUUUAGAAUCAGCUAUGGUUUUAUAUGGUUCCUCUACUUCUUGGCUAUAGAUUUUAAAGCAACUUGUUUGAUUUUCUGAGUCUGUUUUCUCACUAGUAAAAAUGUGAUUGUUAGAAGGAUAAAAUAAAAUGUAUUGUGACUGAUGUACUCCCAUUCGCCGUAUAAUAAAUGUUAGUUGCCUUCUUUGCCAAAGGUCAGACAGUAAAUGGUAGGGUCAGGCCAAAAACCCAGCUUAUCAGAUUCCCAGUACUUUUUAGGGGCAUUCUUGUCUUUAGAUAUACCAGCAUUCUCUGCUGUAUAAGCAUGGAAUCACUGUUGCCACUGUACUCACCGGAGGUGACCAAGGCACUAUAGAAACCACACAGCACUCAAAGUCUAAGAAUUGAGACAUAGGAGCCUGUUGACUUUCUAGAACAUCAGUGUUCACUACACCAGUGACCACAUAUAGGAAACUGGCAGGCUAUACUCUGUAGUUUUCAAAACCCAAUUCAGAAAGUAGUUGUAUAUACUUCCUGCUUUUACUAGCAUGACUUAAUCCCAUUCCAUCCCUCCAGAUGGAGUUUGGCCUAUUCACAGAAUAAGUAUAAGUCAUAUUUUCUUCUCUUCCCAUAUGAUCUUGAUAGGAGAAAGGUGGAAAUGUGGGUAGACGUGGUCCAGUGAGGUUUGGCCUUAAGCCUUUAGGCAAAAGUUCAGCAUUAACCUUCAUAUCUGAACUGUCCCAACUGAGAAAAGUAUAAACGGUGAAGGGCCCUAAAGAUUGCUGCUGGGAUCAGUCUGUUUUUAUAAAUGCUAUGAAAUAAAUAGCUAAGUAGGUACAGUAUAAUUGCUUCAGUGGUUUUCUAUGUAGUGAAAUUCCAAGCAAACAAAACUGACUCUUAAGAACCAAAUAAAAUCAUGAGUUGACAGAAAUGUUGUAAAUGAGUUCAAGAUGUCAUGGUUAUUGUGUGGAUUAUCCAACUUUAACUCUCCUUUAUGUUGUAUAACUUCAGUUAUAACCCAAGAGUCAUUAUGGGCUUUCUCAUGCAGUCAGCUUUGGUCAAAAAGUCUAAAAUGCUAUACUUUAUCAGGAAGGUAAUUAGCAAUAUAGGAGAAAAUAUUUUAUCUGUUUUAUAUACAGGUAUACACCAUACCUGCAUCCAUAAUAAUAGUGUAGCCAUAAAAGUCAAUGUAUCCUGGGGAACCAUGUGUUUACUUCUAUGCUGAUGGGUGAAUGAAUAUGGAUGGAUAUAGUAAGACAGAUAGAUAAUAAUAGACAGUAAUGGUGAUGAUAAUUUUAAAAAAUCAUCAAAAAAGGUCUAAAUAAUCAAGUUGAAUCUCUGUCACAAAAAUAAAGAGAUAAAAACUUUUAGUCCGUGAAAUAGAAAGCAAAAUAGAAGAUAUCCCAAUAGCAUUUUCACAGAAAUAGAAUAAUCCUA